AUGACUCAAGUGCACUGGAAAGAGCGCUACAUGAGAUAUGACAGUGAGUACCUGUAUAAGGCGAAACAUAUGAAGAAGGAAAGGCCCAGCAGCCCCGUCAGAGAAGACGGAGCCUCGUCCACCCACGACGAGGGCCCCCGAGGUAACCCCAGCCAGUCGGCCAAUGAGAGUAACCAAAGCCUCCAGGACUGUGUCAAGUACCGCAUCCUGUGCUUGUCGGAGCAGCUGAGAGUGGAGAAAACGAGCCGGGAUAAGAACACAGUGGGCUACCUCAAACUGGCGUCCAAAGCUGGCCGGCACAAGGCCGCUCACAUCAGACAAGCCUUUGAGAAGGUGAACCAGCGCUCCUCGGCCACGAUCGCCCACCUAGAAUGCAAGCUCCGACAGUAUCAGCUCCAGCUCCAGGAAAUGGAAGAGGGCAGCCAGCCCAAGCGCUCGAAGCCGGAGGAGAGGGCCCGCAAGACCCAGAAACUCACUGACCAGGCUCCUUUGGGGGGGGGCCCAAAGCCCAGGGGGGAGGAAGCCCAAUCAGCCCAUCGAGCCAGUGCCCUGGAAGAAGUUCGGGUAGCCACGGCCCUCCUGAAGGAAAAGCUCUUCAAGAGAAACAACACGUCCUGGCAGCAGAACCAACUGUUCCUGACCAUAAAGAAGGAGUUGGAGGAGAUUAAAACCUCACACGGCAAACUCGAGCUGUCCUAUCAUACCCUGAAGGAGAAGUACCUGACUGAUCUGCAGCUGAUUAUUGAAUCUCUCCAGGAGGAGAAACAUAGGCAAAACACGAUUGAGGAACAGGUCAAUGAGCACGUGCAGGGGCAACUGGAUGAUAUUUCCCGUAUUAAGCAGAAUUUGGCCUGCACUGAAGAGAAGAUGAUCUAUCUGUCCUAUGAGAGAGCCAAGGAGAUAUGGGAGGUGAUCGAGACCUUCGAGAACCGAAUUUCCAAGCUAGAGACCCAGCAGCUAACAGCCCAGUUAGAAAUGACCGAGAAACCCCAAAGCCACUCCCAAGUCUUUUUAUUUAGGUUCAUGAGCUUGCUCCUGACUUUGACCACCAUUGUCCUCAUUUGCGUGUCUACCAUCUGUAGCUGCCACUUGCCUUUCUUCAAGUGCCGUCUACGAGCUUGUAUCAUCCUCUUGCUCAUUGCCCUGGGAAUAGUCGCCUGGCAGGAGUGGUACAACAUCCCACACAUGCAUUGGCAUGAAUGGUUCUUAACGAGGUGGAAAUCGUAUUACAAAGAUUCCAGGCCUGUGCCGUGCUGA